UUCCUACCUUAGCCAGGCUCCCUUAAACCCUCGCAGGGAAACAGCUACGCGAGGCUUCCGGUCCCCCAAAGUCCUCGCCUCGACACCGACAGGAAUCUCGGAGCUCUUCUGUUCUCUUCUUGGCCAUGGCGGCGAUGGAGGAGCUCGGCGGAUCGAAGAAGAGGAAGCGCGACCGCUCUUUGGCGAAGGGAGGGGAGAAGCCCGAUCUGAAGCACCGCAAGAAGGCUUCGUCCAAGCCGGCGAAGCUGCAGGCGACGGGCUUCCAGAAGCCUCAGAAGGCCCUCAAAGCGAAGUCGGUUAAGCCUGCCGAGCUGGAGAAAUCGGCCGCUGUUUGGCCGAAGAAGAAGCCCAAGACCCCCAAAGAGCGUCGCUUGGCUGCUAAGGAAAUGGCAGAGACAAGGAAGAAGAAGAGGAAACCAAAUUACAGUCUCGAGAAAGAGCUUGCUUCAUUGUGGGAAAAAAUGAGAUCUUACAAUAUAACCAAAAAUGACAGAUCCAAGUUGGUAACUGAAGCUCUGCAAAAGAUGAAAGGAAAGUUUCUAGAUAUCGCAGGUUCUCAUGUCUCUGCACGUGUUCUUCAAACAUGUGUUAAGUACUGUUCUCAAGCAGAAAGAGAUACUGUUUUUGAGGCUCUCCGACCUCAUUUUCUUACUCUUUCACGCAAGAAGUAUGCAGUUCACCUUGUAAAGAAACUUUUAGACACUGCCACAAAGAACCAGUUGGAAUGGUUCAUCUCUUCUCUUCAUGGGCAUGUUGCUUCUCUUCUUCGACAUACAGUAGGAUCUGCAGUCAUUGAACAUGUAUACCAUCUGGCAAAUGGGUCUCAAAAACAAAGUCUUUUGGUGGAAAUGUACUCUGCGGAGCUUCAGUUAUUUAAGGACCUGACUCUAACAAAUUCAGGCAGGUUGGUAGAUAUAAUCUCCAAACUUGGACUACAGAAGUCAUCAGUGUUACAGCACAUGACUACUGUAGUUCAGCCACUUUUGGAAAAAGGAAUUGUCGAUUAUUCUAUUAUACACACUGCAUUAGUUGAGUACUUCACAAUAGCUGACAGGUCCUCUGCCACAGACGUGAUUCAGCAGUUAAUCCCACUUCUUGUGCAAGAGUCAUCUGCUGCAGAUGAGAGUCAACCAGCUCCAGAGUUACCCAAAAAAAUGAAAAAUAAAAAGAGAAAGUUGCAACUACCACUUCUUGUUCGAAUGAUGCGUACAAGAGAUGGAUUGAAGGUUGGCAUCCUCUGCGUGAAGCAUGGGAGUGCAAAGGAAAGAAAGAAAAUAAUUAAAGGCAUGAAGGGACACGCUAGAAAGCUAGCUCUUGAACAGUAUGGGAGUCUUCUGCUCAUCUGCAUCCUGUCAGUGGUUGAUGAUACAAAGCUUCUAGCGAAGAUUGUAAUUCAUGAGCUGCAAACAGUGUUGAAGGAACUAGUAUUGGAUAAGAAUGGAAGACGCCCAUUAUUGCAAUUGCUCCAUCCACAGUGCUCACGCUAUCUUAGUCCAGACGACCUGGCUUGUCUAAAUUUAUCUGUUCCUUCCCUCUGCACAAAGGGUGAAGAGGAAGAAGUUUUUGCUGAAGCAGGCCCAGAUAGGGAGUCAGAGAUUGAGAUGAAAGCCUCAGUAUCUGAUAACGAUAAUAGUGAAAUUUGUGGGAAGGGCAUGCAGUUAGCAGUGGGAGGAAAGAAGGAUCCUUCAAUACGGAGACGUGAACUACUAUUGGAUAGUGGGCUUGCUGAGAGUCUCAUUGCAACUUGUAUCGAGAAUGCCGGUGAGCUACUUCGAUCAAAUUUUGGCAAAGAAGUAAUAUAUGAGGUUGCUGUUGGUGGAACUGAUGGAAUCUUGCAACCUCUAGCUGAUAGAUUGGCUGCAUUACAUAAAGCAAUAGCUUCUUUGGCAGCUCUUCCCAAGAUGAAUGAAGCCAAAGAUGAGCAUGUUUUUGAGAACUUUCACUCCAGCCGGACAAUCAGAAAACUUAUCCUGGAUAGCUCCCCCUUUGCUGUCACACUGUGGAAAAUGGCAUUGGAAGGAAAGUGUGAGAUGUGGUCUCAAGGUCACAGUUGUAAGGUGGUCGCUGCAUUCUUAGAGUCAGCUGAUUCCAAGGUGAAAGAUCUGGUGAAAUCUGAGAUGCAGCCAUUGAUAGAUCGUGGUGUCCUUAAAGUUCCCGAGAUUAAACUAGUUGAGAAAGAAGAUUGAGACUCUCCUACCUGGUGAUACUGGAAUGUGCCAACUAAACCAAAAUCACGAGUUAUCAGGUUUAACAUUGGAGGCCCUUGCUAAUUUUCAGCAACAUAUAUGUGUAGCUUCUAUGACUCACUUUCUUUGCUCCUAUCUUGCUCAUCAGUUUACUUGGAUGUCAAAUACCAGAUGAGUGAAAAAAAUUUUGUAAGAGAUUUAUUCUGAAUUGCUGCCAAAUGAAGUACAUGAGAAUGCUGUUUUUGACUGUAUAAUAAUUAACUAUAGUCGUUUCCAUAA